GAAACACAUCCCUCUCUCCAUCACAAACUCACAAAGCGGUAUCAUCGGCACGUGUUUUAAAAGUAUAAUUUAAUAUAGUUUUUACUUUACAAAAUAAUUUUACGAAACAAUUAAAAUAUAUUCUUGAAUAAAAAUUUAACUUUGUAAAUCAUUGAAGGUUAAUUCUUUCUUAUAUUACAAACUAAUAGAAAAUUUCCAUUGUUAAAAGUAUAUAUCAACAUUGCUCAACAUUACUUAUGACAAUGAACUCCUACAAUGUAUAUAAGUAGAUAAUAUCCAAAUAUUAAAAACGAUAAGCAUUUAUUUAUAUUAUUUGGAAUACGUGAAUAGUAAAAGAAAUACUAACAUCGCAGAGGAUAUAAAUUCGAAAUCAAAAACUCACUUCUUUGUAUUAGAAUGCAACAGUUGUGAAUCGGAAAAUAAACGUAGUAAAGAAAUUUUUUCUUUUUGCUAAUUUUCCAUUUGGAGGGAUGCAAAAUUGAAAUUUUGUCACAUUAACAGAAAUAAUCAUAAUGAAUACAACAAAUUUUACGAGUCCACUGGAAUUUGCCCAAAUAAUUCCAAUCUACACGUACGUCAACAUUAUCAGUAGUUUUCUGUUCGUCGAAAGUGAAUUGACCGAAAAUGAUCUCUACAAACAUAUUCCAACAGUUAAUGCACUUUAUAAAUAUUUCAAAACACAUAAACAUAAUAAAGGAAAAAAAUUAGAUCUGGUGAGAGGAAUACUAACAAAUACGGAUCUUUACGGUUCGCACGCAUACGAAGAUCUCGACGAAACGUUCAUCAACACAAUGCUCGAGUACUUUGUCAAAUCAGUUGUUUUUCAAAAAUACCACAAUAUUUUCGGUUUCCUAGCAAACGUAACACUUGGAAUGCAAAAAAUCACCUACACUUCUGUAAUCCAAGAAGCAACAACUAAACUGAGGGAAAUGGACUUUGAAAAUGAGUACGGACCCAAUUCGAAACUUUCACCUUUAGCAGUUAAAAAAAUAAUAAUAAAAAUGAUAGUACCUUUGUUUCCGGUACAAGAGAAAGAUUUGGAAAUUUUUUCAAUUGAUUACAUUUACGCACAGGCUGGCCUAGCAUUCUUUAGAUCGAAUGGCAAAAAUGUUAUGUUCUACUUGAAGGGUAAUAGUUCCGAAAUGUAUUUAUGGAAGCAUGAGAUGUAUCAGAAAAUACUGUUCGAGGAGUGCGUGGAAAUGGGACAUUUGGUUGAGCAAUUGACACUGGCCAACAAAAUUAACGCAUCGGCGAUAACAGUUUUCGCACUUCCGGCAUUUUUGUACUAUGUUCAUAACCAGAAGGACAAUAUGACAGAAACAAUUGGUAUGAUAAUGAAUACCCGGAGACAUUGGUCAAGAGCUUUUCACCUACUCUUCAAUUAUUUGGAGUCCGAGUUGAAUAAGGUGAAGCAAUCACUGAUACCAACCGAAGAAAGUGAAUUUUAUCAAGCAGUCUCGAAUUUUAAGAAUCGUUCCACAAUCGCAAGGGAGAAUAUCCUAAAGUACUGUUUACAAACCGAGGAACUUGACCAAAUGAUCGAGAAUUACAAGAAUGAUAACAAUGACUACUACUGCAAUAAUUUUACAAAUAUCAUAAAAUUACCCGAUCUGAGGGAACUUUUCAUGCGACAGCUCAAGAAUUUAAAACAAAAGUGCUAUCGAUUUGAAAUGAAAAAAUUAAAAGAGGCUUUCGGUGGUGAUUUCAUAAGGAAAAUGAAUCAAGCAGAUGUGGAGAUAUACAAUGGUAUCUAUAUUGCCUUUCAUGAGUCUGCUUUUCCGAAGCCACCCAUGCAGUCUUUGGCUUAUCCAAACAUUGCCUUCAAAUGCCACUUUCCGAAGAAUGCCACAACCGAAUAUUACGCCCUCAUACAGGAAGACAACAAUCUUCGUCUAGUUAAGGAAUCCGAUAAUCCGAUGGAAUUUCGUCAAAAACUAAAUUUAACAUUUCAGGUUUUUCGGAAAAGUGAUUUCUUCUAUAGGUACAAAACUGUUGAUGAAAAAUUCGAACUAUUCCUCUCACGUCUUGCUUCGGAACAGACAUCAAGAAUUGGUAGAUAUUUAGAGAGGACAGGCUAUGAAGAAACACGAAUCGAAUGGUGGAGGAACUUUGGAUUAUCCCUGGUGCCAUUCUAUAAUUGUAUUAACAGUAUUUUUGACAAUUGGAUACCAUUUUCGUACACCUCGUGUAUUAUUGAUGCUUUUAUGAUGAUCCCGAUGAUAUCGACAUAUCUGCGAACGUCAAGUGUAGUAGCAAGGAUAAUUGCAAUACCACUAUCGUCAGUACGAUCUUUAUUAUUCAAAUUUACCAUACAAGCAGUUUUGCAAAAUUUCCGUUCAUUCGCCACAUUGGGUCUACAACAGUUUGUGAGCAUAUUCAACCAGAAUUUUUACAAACAACUAGGAGCGAGUGUAAUUCGUCUUGUCGAUCCCGGCGUUGAAAUGGUGUACAAGAUCGGAACCAAUGGAUUUAAGUCAAUGAAAACGGUCAUUGAACAUCUAAAAGAGAAAUUUGUAUUCUCCACCUCUUCGAUAGAGGUUACUUUAGCGAACGCAAUGGGGAAAUUAAAUAGAAUGUUUCUCAAAGUAGGGCAAAGGUACGGUCGAAACGUUUACGUUAAUUCCUUCGACGGGACGUCUGGUUACGGUUUUCGUUAUCUCAACUUCGGGAGAGAAACUGCCGAACUACGGGGUGCGACACAAGGGGAAAAUUCACCAUACCUCCUGGAUCAUAUAACCCCUGACAAUGUGCGAAUCUACCGAAAAGUUGACACCCUCGAUUGGAAAGUGGAAGAAACGGAUGUUAUUUUCAAAGAAAAGGAAACAAAGCUAUCGAAUGAGAUUACAAUCGAAAUGACCAUCAGCCAUGACGAUGAUCUAAUUUUAUGCGAAGGUGGUAACUUCCUCUGCAUUGGACAAGUUAGAAGCACAACUCCAGACGUCGAAAUUGAUCGUCUUAGAACUUUAGGAAUGGACGAACCGGAAUUAUUCUAUCAACUUCAGAAUGCAGAAAACUUUAAAUCCUUUCAAAUAAAGAAUUCCGAACAGGCAAGAAAGAAAAUUGAAAAACUCUACUCAACCGUCAGUGAUCCAAGAGCAAUCAUAUCAUCAUUUGCCGAGGAGAUAUUCCCCAUUUACAAAUCAUCACAAUUCUCCGCUGAUCUUCAAUUUGAAGACUUUCUCGCUAUUCGCUAUUACGGUCUCGAUGGUUACAAGGAAAUUCGCGGUGAAUCCGAUCUGGCGAAACGAAUGAAAAACGCCAUCUACAGAUUGGCAAUUCGUCAAUCGCAAGAUUCCAUUGAAAAUUAUUCCACACUGUUGUAUCGCGGUGAAAAUUGCUUCCUCCAGGAGGUGGAAAAAAUUUUCUACCCCGGAAGACGUGAUUUUCAGUUUACACAUUUCACUUCGACUUCGACAGAUCCAAUGAUUGCGAAAUCAUUCACUUGCUCGUUUCCAUGUGAAACGAGAGUUAUGUACGAGCUGAAUUUCGAAAGGCCUUACAUGAGAGCAAAUGUCGAGAAAUAUAUGAUCGAAAUGGAAAGGGAGACUAUUCUUCUACCUGGUACGAAAUUCAAAAUUAAUGACAUGACCUGGGAAGAGAAGAAUGGAAGAAAGACAUGUUUAACCGUAAAACUAUCCUACGAUUACGAGGCGAUGAAUUUAAUAAAUUGGCAGAAAAAUAUAAUGAGUGAAAUUAAACAACUAAAGGAGUCGUCAACAGUUUUUUAUGUGAAUGAUUUAAAAAAAUAGAAAUUAAGCCUCACGAUUACUUAAUUAUUAGACAACGAUCAAUUUUUCGGACCCAAAAGUCAUUCUAGAAAAAUACCUCUUAAAACAAAAAUUAAAGAACACAAAAAAGAUGUCUAUAAAACAUCAGUUAAUCGCGUUAACAAAACACUUAUUGGUUCAAUAAUCACAAAUUUAAUUUAGACAACCUGCGUAUUUUAGAAUAAACUGAUAUUUACUGCUGUGGAAAUCUGCCCAAGUUAGCCUAUAGUUAAAAAGUAAGGUCCAGCUGGGCCCCACUUGGGCUUCCCAUUUUUUUUUUUAAUAUUAACAUUAUAAUAAAAAAAAGCCGUAAAAUUAAAUAUAACUAUUGAUAAUAAAACCAGUUUUCAAUUUAGCCUUUUAUCCAACAUUUUCUAUUUUCAUUUGUAUUCAAUUUUACCAAUUUCCAAUUUUGUCAAUAUAAUUUUUUUUUAAUUCUUACCUUUUAUCCAAUAUAACCAAUUUC